GCCCCAAUCCGAUUUCAAUUCAAAUGUGCUCAGCAGCCCCCCCUGAUGCUGCCAUUGCUUUUUUUUCCAUCUCUUAAAAUUGGCCGGUAUGGUAGCAAUAAUCGGGUAUGUGUGUAAAGGUGUGUGUCCGUCUUCCGCUUUCCACCGGAAGUCAGAUGUUACACUUCCCGCGAUGUUGGAUACACACCGCGCGAAUUGGAAACUUUUGGCCAAUCAAAUCGCUGCACUGACAACACGGAAGGAACGUACACAAGUAACAGAAGAGUCAAGCCAGACAACGAUAAAGUGAUUGAAAAUCGAGCAUUAUGUCCACAAGGAGGAGAAGGAAAAAGCCCAUAGAUGAAGCAAAGACAGAUAUUCUGUCUUGCACUGACAAGGAUGGGUUUAUUUCGAGAUUCAUUGACAGUUGUAAAGGAAGAGGAGUUUUUGCCACACACCCCAUUGAACCAGGGGACUUCGUCUUGGAGUAUUGGGGUAAACUCCUGACACAGGAAGAAUGCCGGUCAAGACAAUACUCAAAGAUUGAAAGCACAUUUCUCUUUGACUUUGAGUAUCGGAACAAUCGCCUGUGCCUGGAUGCAUCUGAAGAAGAUGGAUCUCUCGGACGACUAGUCAAUGACAACCACAAAAAUCCGAAUUGUGCCAUGAAAAAAAUCAUAGUUGACGACAAGCCACUCUUGUGCCUUUUUUCUCUUAAGAAAAUAGGAAUAGGAGAUGAAACUGAUUAUGACUAUGGUAAAGCAAAAUGGCCUUGGCGUACUGAGGUGAAAAAAACCCAAGCUCCUGCAGCAACAGAAGAAAAGCUAUUGAGUGGUAAAGACCAGGUGAAAGGCCUUCAGACUCCUGCAGCAGCAGUUGAGAAUGAGACCAGCCCUGUUCCUAUGACGUUAAAUGAUGGACCAAUCCCAGAUGAGCCCUGCACACAGGUGAAAGGCCUUCAGACUCCUGCAGCAGCAGUUGAGAAUGAGACCAGCCCUGUUCCUAUGACGUUAAAUGAUGGACCAAUCCCAGAUGAGCCCUGCACACAGGUGAAAGGCCUUCAGACUCCUGCAGCAGCAGUUGAGAAUGAGACCAGCCCUGUUCCUAUGACGUUAAAUGAUGGACCAAUCCCAGAUGAGCCCUGCACACAGGUGAAAGGCCUUCAGACUCCUGCAGCAGCAGUUGAGAAUGAGACCAGCCCUGUUCCUAUGACGUUAAAUGAUGGACCAAUCCCAGAUGAGCCCUGCACACAGGUGAAAGGCCUUCAGACUCCUGCAGCAGCAGUUGAGAAUGAGACCAGCCCUGUUCCUAUGACGUUAAAUGAUGGACCAAUCCCAGGAAAGCAAACUGCUGUGAGGAGAAGCUGGACCCCAGACGAGUGUGCUGCAGUGAACACACAUUUGAAGAGAUUUAUCAGAAGAGGUCAAGUUCCUGGUAAAGAAGAGUGUCAGCGCUGUAUUGAUGCAGAACCUCAAGCUCUCAGAAACAGGGACUGGAAAGCAGUUAAAUACUACAUUAAAAAUCACAUUACAGCCCUGAGAAGAAAGGUGUAGUGUGACAGCACCUAAUGGAACUGAGGUAAAACCGAAGCAUUUGAGGUAGGAUCUUAAAAUGUUUAAUCCUUUAUGUGUUCUGUUGUAGAGGUUUGCUCAGGAUUUGUUACUGUCCCGUGGCCUACAAAUAUACACAUUUCACAAUUCUUAUUUUAUCUUAUUUUUAAUUUAUUUUUAUUACGGGCGCAGGAAAUGUUAUUUCAAAGGAUUUUUUAUUUGUUUAAAUAUCUCUGUAUGAUGCCUUUUAAAUUUGAGUUUUCACUGGAAAAAAAAAAAAAAACUUAACAUGACACUAAGGAUGCAGUCCUAAAAAGCAUGUAAUUUCAGUAUUUGUACAACAAAAACUGUUUGGUUUAGAUAUAAGUUCAGGCUGAGGCUGUUGUUGCCGCAUAGCGGCACCGAAAACCCUACUGCAUAUUUUUGGAUUAAUCUGUUUGGAAAGGGACUCAGUUUGACAACUGUGGCAUAAACUGUUAAUGCCAACAAUAAAAGUGGUCUUUUCAUUUUUGUCAGAAAA